ACAAGGAAGAGAGGGAAGGACAAGGAGUUUGAUAGUCAGCUUAAAAACGGCGUCGUGUCAUUUUGUUGAAGCAGGUGGGGCAAAACGACGACGUUUUGUUUUUGUGUUUUACACAUCGUCGGUGUUUAUGUACCUACUUCCGGAGUUUGGAGGUCAAGUAGAGAUGGCGAUCGCCGGUAGCAUGCGACGGAGGCUACAGCAACUGCCGGUAGAGAGGCAGGCUGGGAUCGUAAAUCGGCUGCCCUUCAGAUUUAGAUUCACUUCACGGAGAGCCUUACGUUUCAUCGUAGUCAGCCUCGCUUCUGUCGCUCUCUUUCCCCCAUCUUCUUUACAUGUUUUUGCAGAUGCAAUUAAGGAAGUGUGCUUGGUUGAAUGAUCCUCCACUUGUAUGCGCUCAUGGUCGUGAUUCAACCAAUGCAUUCCCCAACACACUUUUGGUCAAGCACGGACUAUGCUUUUAAGGAUGGAACGGCAACGUGGUGAAGAAGAGCUGAAGAACCGACGUACCAAGAAAGAGCAAGAGGCGGAGCAAGCAACAUUAAACAGGGCUACCAGCCCUCAAACUGGUGCUCAGCAAACUGGAGGAAGCUUGAAAUCGAUGAAGGAUAAAUCUGGUCAGGCAGACAAUGAAGAAAAGGAGGGCUCUGCUUUGAAGACUGCUGGUCCUGAAGGAGAGAUAACGGCAGGUAGGCUAUGUUGUUAUGUUGGAUCCUUCUACCGGCACGAGGAGCAACUUGUUGAGAAUGAAAGGAGCUAGAGUCGUCGGUGUUUACCAUCCAUUAAUUGAUGAUAAGCUUGUGAAGAUUCUGCAUGGCUUGGCCACACUAGAAAGCAAGAGGAAAGACUUUUUCGCGGUGUCAUUACUUUUUAGUUGGCACACACAUACAUGCACUUGCCAUGCAGCCAUGCUUGCACAUCCUUAGGAAAGCUCAUUUGAAAUUAUAGCAGAAUUCAGUUUCAUAGGCUGAUCUCCCAUGCCAUCUAUUUACUUGGAGGAAUGUAAGGUUGAAGAAGCUUCAGAUGAUGAUGAAGUGCCAUCAAAAAGUUCAAAGGGCAAGAAGGCUAAUGGGUCAGAGAAAGCGCCUAGCCUUGUGUUCAAGAUAACCAGCAAGGUUCCUUAUAAAACCAUUCUUAAAGCCCACAGCGAUGUUGUUUUGAAGGCUGAGAGUGCAGCUGACAAGGUUGAAUGGUUGAAUAAGAUAAGAAAUGUUAUUCAACCUUCAAAAGGACAUAUGAAGGUUGCAGGGGGUCCGCCCUUGCGGCAGAGUCUUUCUGAUGGAUCUCUUCACACAAAGGAUUGAAGAGUUGCUUCAAGAGGACCAGAAUGUGAAGCGAAGGAGGGAACGUUACUCAAAGCAGUCCUCUCUCCUAUCAAAACUGGCACGCCAACUCACCAUUCAUGACAACCGAGCCGCCGCUGUAUCUAGCUGGUGUAAUGGUAGUGUUGGAUCAGGUACUCUCCAAUUCGCUGGUGCCCUCCGUUGCUAAUGUUGGAAUCCAAGGCCUUGCUUAUGGAAUUAUGGUAAUUCAUUCAUUCAUUCAACACUUAUAUAUAUAUUGCCUGAUAAUUCUUUUCUAAAUAUUUUUUGAUCAUGUGUAUCUCAAAAAAAAAAAAAAAAAAAAACUGGGCAUGGCAAGUGCAGUUCAAACAGUGUGUGGGCAAGCCUAUGGAGCCAAAAACUAUGCAGCAACAGGAAUAAUAUGUCAAAGGGCUAUAGUCCUACACUUGGGAGCAGCAAUUAUCCGAACAUUCCUAUAUUGGUAUUCAGGGUCAGUCCUGAAAACAAUAGGACAAUCAGAGGAGAUAGCCAAACAGGGCCAAAUCUAUGCGAGAGGCUUAAUCCCUCAAAUAUAUGCUUUCCCUAUAGUAUGUCCUAUGCAGAGGUUUCUCCAAGCACAGAACAUAGUCAACCCUCUUGCCUUGAUGUUCCUUGGAGUACUGAUUAUACACAGUUUCAUCACAUGGCUUGUUGUCUACAAUUUCGACUGUGGACUCCUUGAAGCAGCUCUCACACUUAGUUUGGCUUGGUGGCUUCUUGUCAUCUGCUAUGGGCUCUACAUUCUUCUAAGCCCAUCUUGUAAGGAAACCUGGACUGGCCUUUCUAUUAAGGCCUUUAAAGGCCUCUGGCCUUAUUUCAAGCUCACUGCUGCUUCUGCUGUCAUGCUUUGUUUGGAGAUAUGGUACGUCCAAGUACUGGUUCUGAUUUCAGGCCUUUUUCCAAACCCUACUAUCGCUUUAGAUUCACUCUCCAUCUGCAUAAAUUACUGGACUUGGGACAUGGAAUUCAUGUUGGGGUUAAGUGCAGCAGCCAGUGUACGCGUGAGUAAUGAGCUUGGGGCAGGUCAUCCAAGAGUGGCAAAAUUGUCAGUGAUAGUAGUGACUGCAAAUAGCUUAAUCAUCAGUAUAAUUCUGAGUGCAAUCGUUGGCAUAUUCAAAGUUGGACUGAGCAAACUAUUCACAAGUGAUGCACAAGUCAUAGCUGCAGUUUCCAAACUCACUCCAUUGCUUGCCAUUUCUGUUUUCUUGAAUGGCAUUCAACCCAUUCUCUCAGGUGUUGCAAUUGGUAGUGGGUGGCAAGCACUAGUGGCUUGGGUUAAUCUAACUACAUACUACAUUAUUGGUCUCCCAAUUGGAUGCGCGCUUGGCUUCAAAGCUAAUCUAGGAGCCACAUGGGCAGGGGAUAUGGUGGGGAAUGCUAAUUGGAGUUUUUAUCCAAACAGUAACUUUGCUAGUCAUCACUGUCAGAAAAAAUAGGAAUGCCGAAGUUGCAAAAGCUGUUGAGCGCUUGAAGAAUUAUGCUGACAUUGGAAGAGACUCUGAAUUUGGCCUAUUAAUUACUAGUGGCUAGUGUAGUGUCCACAACUCUUCCAAUUAAUUAAUAUUGCCCCACUGCAAUUUGUUCAGUUGAUAGAUGAACAAAAAUAUGUUUCACUCUUGCCUUAAAAUCAUAUACUAAUUAUUAGGCACCUACAAAUAAAAUUUCACAUAUAUAAUGAACCAAUUAAUAUUCAACCACAUGAUUGAUU